GUGAUCAUAGUAGUCUGCGGGACUAAAGCCGACCCCUUGUCUCAUCCCCACACUUCCUAUUCCAUCCCUUGUCCAAGACUCGCCAAGUUCUCCUGACAAUGACAUUCUACACCAAGUUCAGGUCUAGAUUGCAGGUUAUUCCUCAGCUUCACACAUGGCUGGUAAACGAGCGAGGAAUUAUACGCGAAACUACUGAAAAUGGUUCACCCUAUCAAGCAGACGACGCCAAUACGGCCGCCUGGUCAUAUUUCGCCGGCUCGGAAGCGGCAGGCUAACCUUCGGUAUGUUUACACUCUCACUGCUUUCGUAUCUCUCGGUGGCUUCCUCUUCGGCUGGGACCAGGGUGUCAUGGCUAUGAUAAUUGCAGAUGAUCGAUGGUUGAAAUUGAUGCAACCCGCGAAUGAUUGGAGCGUGGGCUUCGUCAUAAGCAUUUAUAAUAUCGGUUGUGUUAUUGGCGCCAUGACCACCGGUCUUUUCGCGGAUGCGUAUGGUCGUGAAAGGACAAUAUCCUUGGCAAGCAGUGUCUUUAUCAUCGGAGCGUUGCUUCAAGCUGCUUCUUAUACUAUUCCGCAAAUUAGCUUUGGGCGCUGGGUUCUAGGACUAGGCGUUGGCGCGUAUUCCGCCGGAGUACCACUCUACAUCUCGGAGAUCUCUCCAGCUGAACUCCGCGGUAGAAUCGUCGGAAUUGAAUUAAUGAUCCUUUGCUUUGGAGAAAUGGCCGUAUUUUGGGUCGUCUACACUUUUUAUUUUCUGAACUCCGACGAUUGGUGGAGGAUUCCACUCGCUAUCCAGGUUAUUCCCGCUCUCAUCCUCGCUGUCGGAUGUUGGACAUGGGUGCCGCCCAGCCCUCGCUGGCUUGUGGCCGAAGAACGGUACGAGUGUGCGCUAGAAGUCCUUUCAAGGCUUCAUGGUUCGGAGGCGGCCGAGCUCGAGAUCAGCGAAAUUCGAAAAACUGUAUCUGAAGAGCAGGUUACUACGCAGGCGUCCUGGUCCGAUAUGUUCAGGGGGCCAGUUUUGAAAGUCACUCUAUUGGGUAUCACCAUCCAGAUGUUCCAACAAAUUACAGGCACGAAUGGGAUUUUCUAUUACGCCCCUGAACUCUUCAAGAAAGGGGGGGUUACGGAUCCUACUAUGGCUAAUCUAGCUACCGGCGGUAUCGGUGUAGUGUUAUUUCUCAGCUCUUGGAUACCGAUUUUCUACUUUGAUCGUUUCGGACGUAAGUCCUGGUUCCAAUUUGGCCUGAUAGGUAUGAUAUCUGCCCUUAUUGGAAUCUGUGUUUUACAGCAACACGCAGCGGAUUACCCGAAUAGCCCAACCAAUAAUGCCAUUGUCUUGUUCCCGUAUAUGUUUUUCACAUUCUUUAAUAUGAGCUGGAGCUCUGGCUCGUGGACAUACGCCGCCGAGAUUUUCCCUAUUUCCUUACGUGCCAAGGGUAAUGCCCUCUGUACCGCUUCGCUCUGGAUAUCAAAUUUUGUGGUAGCUCAGGUAUCACCUCCGAUAGAGAGUGCUACUGGUUACGGCCUCUAUGUACUAUUUGCAAUUAUCUGUGUCAUCGCCUUCUUAUUCGUGCGCUUCGCCCUUGUCGAAACCAAGGGUCGAUCACUCGAGGAGAUGGCGGAACUUUUUGGGAUAGGUGGAAAUAAUCAAGACCAGGACUUGCAGGAUUCCAUAAGGCAAGGAUUACUUCAAUCUAAUUUAAGAGAUGAAGAUGCUACCUUAGUAGGCGACGACCACGAUGACACAGGAUAUUGAAUAGCAGCGGUCGUAAGUUUACUUCCGAGUGAUGUCACCAUAAUACUCUCAUCAACAUAUGAUGUACGAAUUAUCCGAGCUCUUCGGAUCUAUAAGGACUUAGAGCCGUCGAGAUAGGGGGCGCCCAGUAGAGAAACACGAAGGCAACAUGGAUCAUAAAAGGACUAACGGGUUGCAGAGCAACCAUUGAUUCAGGAUAGACUAUUAAUUUCUACCUAAUUUAGACAUCAGACUUACUCUUUCUAAGCCUAGCAACUAUACAGUCG